ACAGGUUCCUAUCAGGCUUUGAUUUAGUUUAAUCUCUCUAUCUAGUUUAUAGCAAUGGCUUUUCUUAAGUUUUUCUUCUCAUUUCUCUUGUGCAUGUCCUACAUGGCUGCAGCUAUGGGCAAGUGGCCAAGACGUAUUGAUACCAAUUGGCACGACGCCCAUGCAACAUUUUAUGGUGAUAUAAGCGGUGGAGAAACCAUGCAGGGAGCUUGCGGAUAUGGUGAUCUCUUCAAGCAAGGGUACGGACUCGAGACAGCAGCCCUUAGCACGGCUCUAUUCAACAAUGGACUCACCUGCGGUGCGUGUUUUGAAAUCAAGUGCGUCAAUAACCCUCAAUGGUGUUAUCCCAAUGCUGGCACCAUCAAAGUGACCGCAACCAAUUUUUGCCCUCCUAAUUACUCAAAGCCUGACGGCAACUGGUGCAAUCCCCCACUAAAACACUUUGACCUCUCAAUGAAAAUGUUCACCAAACUAGCGCAAUACAAAGCUGGAAUCAUCCCCGUCCAGUACCGUCGCGUCUUGUGUUCCAAGAAAGGUGGGGUUCAGUUCCAGGUCAAGGGAAACCCUUACUGGACUUUGGUGUUGUUGUACAAUGUUGGAGGGGCCGGUGAUGUUAAGGAUGUUAAAGUCAAGGGCUCUAGAACUGGCUGGAUACAGAUGAGCCGUAACUGGGGAGUGAAUUGGCAGACCGGAACAAAGUUAACAGGGCAAAGCCUGUCAUUCCAGGUGACUACCAGUGAUGGCAAAAUGGUGGAGUUUGAUAACGUGGCGCCGACCAAUUGGCAGUUUGAUCAAAUUUUCGAUGGGAAAAAGAACUUCUAG